AUGGAAUCCCCACAAUCCUCCAUUAAAGCUCUGGUUAAAGAGAUCAAGGAAGAGAUGUUCUCUAACCUUGAUCUCUACUCAAUUUUUUCUCCGUCUGCUUAUGAUACUGCAUGUUUAGCCAUGAUUCCCGACCCCGGACAAGACGAUCGUCCGAUGUUCAAAAAUUGCUUGAACUGGAUACUCGAUAACCAGAAAGAAGAAGGGUUCUGGGGAGAGUCUAAUCUUGAUGGUUUUCCCUCCAUUGAAACUCUCCCUACAACUCUGGCUUGUAUGGUUACACUUAAAACAUGGAGUGUUGGGGAAGAAAAUAUAGAAAAAGGCUUGGCAUUUCUCCAUGCAAACACAGGGAUGCUUGUAGAAGUAAAUAAGCAUCAUUUUCCACACUGGAUUACCAUUGUUUUCCCUGCUAUGGUUGAACUUGCACAAGCCACUGGUCUAGAGCUUCUCUUUCCUGACGAAUUAAAAGGGUUAGUUUCCAACAUUUUGUUGGAGAAGCAUCAAUUUCUUAAGAUGUAA